GACUACUUCCUGCACCAACUACAGAACCAACGUAACAACCUCAUUGACUAUUCAACCCAAACCACGGCUCAAAAAAUCGGAUCCUCAGCAUGCUUCAGCACGUGUUUAUUCAAAAAUGCAAAAAUUAUGAGAAACGACGUGAUUGACGAGACUGCACUUAUCACUUACAUUUCCAACAACCUGCAAAAAGAGUGGAAACUGUUGGCAAACCAGUCCAUCACCUAUUGCAUGUCAACCAUCUCAACGGUGAAAGUGAGCAAGGCGGUGAAGCUGACCACAGGCAGGAGUUGCUCUGUGCUGCCCACUUUGCUCAUCCAGUGCUUCAUCAAAGAAAUUAAAGCUAACUGCCCAUCCUCGGCUCAAAUUAGCUCGCAGCAGUGUUUGCGGUCAAGGGCGAGUUUCAACUAUUGCGACGCGUUCGCCAAAACUGAGUACGGCGGUUUCAGCGGAAGGACUAGAUCUGCGACCCCCUCUCGACUCUCCAACAGCGGAUAA